AUGGCCCACUUCUACUCCCAAGCCGACUCGGGUGAAGCGUUGUUCCCGUGGCUGCUAAGCGGAAAGCCGUCACACCCACCAGACGACCAGCCCGCUAAGUCGAAGCUGCCUACUCCAACAAUCCCCCCGCCUGCUACAGAGGAGGACAUAGACCCGUGGGAGUUGGCCUUGGGGAAACUCAAGAGAAUUCCGCAACUACGUCCAAGGGGAUACAACAGACACGAAGAAGUUGCGAGGCCGGUACAGCAACCAGAAAUGGAAGCCACUGCCGGAUGGGACUCAUUACGAGCUGCACACCCUACAGUUCAACGACGAGACGGGAUUUAUCGUGACACACCGGCGCCAGCAGAUCUUCAGACAAGCGAUUCUUCUACAUCAGAUGGACAGCCCAACUAUCCACCGAAUCGUCAAUACGAUCUGCGGCGCUGGUUACAGCAUCGUCUUCCAUGA